GUCCAAGAGUUUGCAGGGAAAUCUUCCACGGAUGGAAAUCCAGACGUUGUUACUGGAGGCGUGCAUGGCGACCUGCAAAACUUCAUCAGAUAUGUAAACUGGAAAUCUUUCCUGGUUCCUCUAGAGUCCAAUGGCCUUCAGAGAUUUGGCUAGACCUCUUGUGAUUAAUAAGGCCUUUGGAAAUUCAUCAGUCCAUUUUGGAAAUGAGACCAGAGACUUAGAGACCAGAGAGAAGAUGGAAGGACAAAGCCCAGCAGAUGCAAGAAUUGUAAAAGGCCCUCCAGCUGCUCAGCCUUGGAGCUGUGGGAAGAAUGGGGUAAAUUCUGGGCAGAAGAGCCAAGAAGAGGAAGCCAAAAGUUUAGAGAUCCAAUAUUGUCACUUCAGGAAAGUGCAGUUCCAGGAGGGGAAGAGUCCCCGAGAUGUUUGCAGUCAGCUUCACCGUCUUUGCCAUCAGUGGUUGCAGCCAGAAAAACAUACAAAGGCUCAGAUGCUGGACUUGGUGCUCCUGAAGCAGUUCCUGGCUGUCCUUCCCCCAGAGAUGGAGAAAUGGGUGCGGGAGUGUGGAGCGGAGACCAGUUCCCAGGCGGUGGCCCUGGCCGAAGGCUUCUUGCUAAACCAGGAGGAGGAAAAGAGGCAAGAAGAGUUGCAGAAAUCCUUGGAAGCUGUGACUGAGUAUCCCAAGGGGAGGAAAGAUUCAUUCAGAUCUUCUCGAGAGCUGAAGUUCAGGGAUCAAAGUCAGGGCACCAUGCCAGAGAGUAGAAAACUGUCCUUGGAAAUUUUAGAAUCACCUCCUCUUUGUGGUGUGGCUGAAGAAUUGGCUGAACCACUAUUUCAGGAUGUUUUGUCUUUUGAGGAUGUGGCUGUGCAUUUCUCCAAGGAUGAGUGGUCUCAACUGGACGCUGACCAAAAAGCUCUCCAUGGAGAAGUCAUGCUGGAGAAUUCCAGGAAUUUCUUUUCUCUGGGCUUUAAUGGGCAAGAGAAUAAGAAUUGCAAGGAGGAAUGCCAAUCCAUCCAUCAGAAAAGGGAAAAGGGGAAAUUUGCAGAUCAGAUGCAACCAAAGAGUGAUGAAACAAAGCAAUCACAAAGUGGAAUUAAAAAAGGCUUUCCUCGGGUCAGUUGGCUUCCUAACCGUACAAACAUCGAUAUGGGAGAAAGAGCAUAUCAGUGCAUGGAAUCAGGAAAGAGCUUUAAUAAAUCCGAUCAUCUCAUUUCUCAUAAAAACACACAUUCAGAAGAGAAACCAUAUACCUGCAGGGAAUGUGGGAAGACUUUCUGUAACAAUGACUCCCUUAGAACUCACAAAAGGAAUCACAAAGGAGAACAACUUUAUAAAUGCAUGGAGUGUGGAAAGAGCUUUACUUGUACCAGUAGUCUUAAUUCCCACAAGAGGAUCCACACAGGAGAGAAGCCAUAUCAAUGCAUGGAGUGUGGAAAGGCUUUUAGGCAGAGUAGUCAUCUUAAUUGCCACAAGAGGACCCACACUGUAGAGAAGCCAUAUCAAUGCAUGGAGUGUGGAAAGAGCUUCAGUAGGAAAUACGCUCUGAUUCACCAUAAAGCUAUCCAUACAGAGAAGAAGCAAUAUCAAUGUAUGAAGUGCAGAAAAACCUUCUGUUAUUAUGACUCUCUUAUAAGACAUCAAAGGAUUCACAAAGGAGAAAGACCUUAUAAAUGCAUGGAGUGUGGAAAGACCUUUAUUUAUAGCAGUAGUUUUAAUAGACACAAGAGGAUCCACACAGGAGAGAAACCAUAUCAAUGCAUGGAGUGUGGAAAGGCUUUUAGGCAGAGUAGUCAUCUUAAUUGCCACAAGAGGACCCACACUGUAGAGAAGCCACAUCAAUGCAUGGAGUGUGGAAAGACUUUCUGUUAUAAUCAUUCUCUUAUAAGACAUCAAAGGAGUCACAAAGGGGAAGAACCUUAUAAAUGCAUGGAGGGUGGAAAUACCUUUCAUAAAUCCGAGCAUCUUAUUUCUCAUAAAAAGACACAUUCAGAAGAGAAACCAUAUACUUGCAGGGAGUGUGGAAAGACCUUCUGUAAUAAUGACUCUCUUAGAACUCAUGAAAGGAAUCACAAAGGAGAACAACUUUACAAAUGCAUGGAGUGUGGAAAGAACUUUACUCGUAAGAGUAAUCUUAAUUCCCACAAGAGGAUCCACACAGAAGAGAAACCAUAUCAAUGCAUGGAGUGUGGAAAGAGCUUUAGUAGUAAAUAUACUAUGAUUCACCAUAAAAGCAUCCAUAAAGAGGAGAAGCCAUAUCAAUGCAUGGAGUGCAGAAAAACCUUCUGUUACAAUCGUUCUCUUAUAAGACAUCAAAGGAAUCUCGAAGAAUCACACAGGAGAGAAUUCAUAUAAAUGUGUGGAAUGUGGAAAGGGCUUUAAGUGGAAUUCUGCUCUCACCUCCCACAAAAGGAUCCACACAGGAGAGAAGCCAUAUCAGUGCAUGGAGUGUGGAAAGACCUUUGCUUUUACCAGUCGUCUUGAUUCCCACAAGAGGAUCCAAGCAGGAGAGAAGCCAUAUAAAUGUGUGCAAUGUGGAGAGGGCUUUAAAAAGAUCUAUGAUCUCAUUUCCCAUGAAAGAAUCCAUACAGGGGUGAAAACCAUAUGAAUGCAUGGAGUGUGGAAGGAGCUUUGCAAGAAAUAACGCUCUUUACUUGCCAUAAAGUACUUGCUAUUUACUUUACACGCAGGCGAAACCAUAUCAAUAAAGGAAGUGUGGGAAGAUGUUCAAUAGAAAUACAGGUUUAUGCCUGCAGUUUGAGCCCAAAAUUCCCAUUGCUAAGCGAAACAGUUGUUAAGUGAGUUGUGCUCCAUUUUAUGACAUUUUUGCCACAUAUGUUAAGUCAAUCAUUGCAGUGAUUAAUUUAGUAACACUAUUGUUAAGGGAAUCUGGCUUUUCCAUUGAUUUUACUGAUCAGAAGGUUACAAAAAGUGAUCACAUGACCCAAAGACAUUGCAACCAUUAUAAAUGGGGUCAGAUGCCAAGCAUUUGAAGUUUGAUCAGGCUACCAUUGAUGCUGCAGUGGUCGCAAGUGUGAAAAAUGGUCAUGUCACUUUUUUUCAGUGCUGGUGUAACUUUGAACAAUCACUAAAUGAAGUGUUGUAAAUUGAGGACUAGAUAUAGUUGACUAAAAUCCCAUGCAAAUACCAUCUAAGUAAUAAUCAAAAUAAAUACUAGCUUGCAUAA